AUGGACAAAGUUAAUCGACCAGCUCGCCUCAGGGGAAUGUGUACGAGAGGUGGUACUGAAGAAGUUUUGGCACCGGAAAGAUACCUCGAACGCGGUACCGCCGUGCUCCUCGCUAACCAAAUUUCCCUCACCUUGAAUCCACGCAGAGACAUUUUAUAUCCCGACUGGCACGCACGCUACUGGUCUGAAUACAAUUUCUUCACUAAGAAAGUACAUGAGAUGGACCAGUUAAAAAUGCUUCUGCCUGGGAUUACUGGAUGUAUAGCCGAAGUUCAUGCAUCUGUCAAAACAGGAACAUUGGUUAUAAAAUUCCAGGAUUCAAUGGCCGAUUGGGAUCCCGAUACGGAUCCUGGGCGUCUGCAUAAUAGUGAACUCAUUUACCAAACCUGGCGGGAUGUAUGUACUCUACAUUUGAUCACUCACCCGGGCGAUUUCUGUCUUAAAAAGUUGAAGUAUGUUAUCAUUGAUAAUAUCAUCAAUCAGGGGACUAUUUGGACGAUCCAGGAUGUGAUUAUAGCCGAAGGUGGUUCGUCAGUGUCGAUGCGUGCGGGCAACAAGCAGAGGAUUACUUUCGAAAGGGGUGCCAACGACACAUGUAGUGAUUGGUUCAAGAUGUUAAUGGGAACCGCGAACGCAAGGCCUGUGGCCAGAAUGUGUGCGGAUCAUGCGCAGACUUUGGGCAAACAGGUAAGGAAGAUUUAUGCCUGGUAUAAUUGUCCGGACCUAAUGAUUGGGGCGUUAGCUUUUGAAUUAGAGGAUGUGGCACCUCUGCCCAUCCAACCCAAUCUUCCCUUCAGAAAACAGAGCAGGAAGGAUAAAUUGAAGGCAUUCGGUAAGUCAGUUAUGGGUUCAAUCAAGAAAGCAUUCAAGGAAUGA